AUGAUGUACCAAAGCUGUAGAGGCGAUCAGUUCACGUGUUCGAGCGGCCGUUGUAUUCCCCAGCGCUGGGUGUGUGACCACUUCAAUGACUGCGGAGACUACAGUGAUGAAAAAGGCUGUGACAGUAACUCCCGAGAUUGUUACCCUGGCGAGUGGGGCUGCCCCGGUUCACCAGCUUGUAUACCAGUGGGGAAAGUUUGUGACGACAAACCGGACUGUCCUGGCGGGACUGAUGAGACCAACUCCACCGCUCAGCGCAACUGCAGCCUGGAACGCUGUUCGACCUUGAGCUGCGAGUAUCUAUGCCAUGUGUCUCCACAAGGGGGCACCUGCUACUGCCCGGAUGGUUUCAUCGUCGGCAACGACAGUCGCUCCUGUGUGGACUACAAUGACUGUCAAAUCUGGGGCAUAUGUGACCAGCUAUGCGAAGACCGGCCGGGGACGCACCGUUGCAGCUGUGCUGAUGGCUAUUUCCUGGAACAAGGUCACGUUUGCAAGGCCAACCUGUCAGGUGGAAUGCCACAGCUCAUUUUCACAGACGGAGGAGAGGUGAUGAUGGGUGACAUCCACGGCCGCUACGUCCGAACUCUGGUGCCAGCUCAAGGCAGAGGCUCUGCUGUCGGCGUGGCGUACCACAGGCACAGUGAGACCAUCUUCUGGAGUGACACGUACACCAAAAAGGUGUAUUCUGCCAACUAUAAUGGAGGUAACAUUAGGGAGGUUCUGACCACUGCAGUCCAGAACGUGCAGAACCUGGCCGUGGACUGGAUCAACUUCAAAUUGUACAUAUUGGAAGCCAUGGUGGAGCGCAUUGACGUGUGCGACUUUGAAGGAGGGAAUCGAGUCACGCUGGUCGCUGAGAACCUGCAGAGUCCUCAUGGCCUGGUCCUGGACCCCACAGUGGGUUACAUGUUCUUCACCGACAUGGGCGUUAGCAAUAAGAACAUGAAGCUGGAGCGGGCCUUUAUGGACGGCAGCAACCGUGUGGAGCUGGUAAAGACCAGGCUCGGCACGCCAACCGGAAUUAGCGUUGAUAUAAUCACAAAGAGGGUCUACUGGUCUGACAGCCAUUUUGACACCGUUGAAACUGUCACUUAUCAUGGUUUGGACAGAAAAGUGGUCCUCAAUGGUGGAACCCAGUCUCCACAUCCUUUCGGCAUAGCUGUAUUCGAGAACCACGUGUUCUUCACCGAUUGGACCAAGAUGGGGUUGGUGAGAGCCAACCGCUUCAACGGUAGCAACCCGGCGCUCCUCUUUCGUACCGCCAAGCGACCGGGCCAUGUGGUCGUCUCCCACUCAGCCCUGCAGCCUGUUGUGAUGAACCCCUGCGGACGGCACAACGGCGGCUGUCAGCACAUUUGCGUCCUGAGCCACCGCACAGACAAUGACGGUUUGGGAUACCGCUGCAAGUGUCGCCACGGUUACGACCUGGAAUCAGACUUUCACAGUUGCUUCAAGGUAAAGCACUACUUGCUGGUGGCCUCCACUGUAGCCCUGCGAGGGAUCCCGCUCACCGUGUCCCUCCAGGAAGACAUCACCCUUCCCCUCACAGGGCUCGCCUCGUCUUUUUCCGGCUCGGCUGUAGAGUUUGACGGGCAAGAUGAGGUUCUAUUCUACAACGACAGGUCGAGAGGCCUGAUCUAUAAGUCCAACCUCAAUGGCACCGUUCAACAGAUUUUGACAGGCUACAGGGUUGGCUCCAUCGAUGCCAUGGCGUACGAUUGGACUUCCAAAGUUUUGUUCUGGACCUCUAACACCUACAAGACAUUGGUGGCCUUCAGAAUCAUAGACAAGUCUAUGAGUGACAUCGUCAUGGGAUUAAGGAUCCCGAAGGGACUUGCAGUACAUCCCGGUGAUGGCUACCUAUUUUGGGCCGACAUAUAUCGCCCGGCCGUCAUCAUGAGGGGCUACACUGAUGGCAGCAAUGCAGUUCCACUGGUCAAUAAAACACUUGGGCAGCCGUAUGCGCUUUCUCUCGACUAUGUGCAGGAGCGCUUGUAUUGGGUCGACUCCCUCUUGGACCAAAUUGGACACGUUGACUUUCAAGGAAACAACAGGCAGACCUUCAGCAAUAUUGGACAGAUCACACAACCCUAUUCGCUGACUGUUUAUUCAGACUACCUGUAUGUGUCCGAUACACGUAGCAGAGCGAUAUUUGAGAUGAGGAAGAGGGAUGGAGGAGGAAACAAAAUGAUCAGACAAGGAAUCAAUGGAAUUCUGAAUGUCAAAGCCUACACAGCUGACCUCUACAGUAGUAUCAGUAGUCGCUGUGCGGUGGCAAAUGGGCGCUGCAGCCACUUCUGCUUCCCGACUCCGUCCUACAGCCGCGUGUGUGGCUGCCCGUACGGCAUGAAGCUACAGGUCAACCAGAUGGACUGCGUCAAGGACGACAGCGUUCCGCCGCCGGAUAACAAUUGCGGCGACUACGCCUUUGAGUGCGACGAGGGGCGAUGCAGGCCCAAUUCCUACCGCUGCGAUGGCUACUUGGACUGCGUGGAUAAGUCUGACGAGGCCAACUGCACAGACACAGGAGCGACCUGCUCUCCCAGCGCCUUCACCUGCAACAACAAGCACUGCAUCCUGUCCGGGUGGCGUUGUGACGGCAUCGACGACUGCGGCGAUGGUUCGGAUGAAGUCAACUGUCCCACUCGAGAGCCCACCACCUGUCCGGCAGACGCAUUCACCUGCGAUAACUACAGAUGCGUCUCCAAAGCGUGGCUGUGCGACGGCGACAACGACUGUGGCGACGGCUCGGAUGAGCACAACUGCAACUCCACCAUCACCACCUGCCCGCCUGCCUACUUCCUGUGCCCCGACCACCGUUGCAUAUUCAACUCCUACGUGUGCGAUGGCGACCAGGACUGCUUUGAUGGCUCGGAUGAGAAAGACUGCGAGAUUUCCUGCGCCUCCUAUGAGUUCGCCUGCGUCAGUGGCGACCAGUGUGUCAGCAAAAGUUACCGCUGCGACGGCGUGACUGACUGCAGGGACCACUCCGAUGAGCAAGACUGUCCCACUCGAGCGCCGGGCCUGUGCCACAAAGACGAGUUCCAGUGUCAAAUCGACGGCGUCUGCGUGCCGGACACUUGGGAGUGUGACGGCCACCCCGACUGCGAGGACGGUUCCGACGAGCACAUCUCCUGCCCUCCUGUGACCUGCGGUGCCAGCUACUUCCAGUGCCCCAACAAGAUUUGCAUCCCCAAAUACUGGCUGUGUGACGGCGAGAACGACUGCCGGGACAUGAGCGACGAACAGAACUGUCCUACGCCUCCGUUCAAAUGUCCCGACAGCCAGUGGAUGUGUCCCACUGACCAGGUGUGCAUCGAGGAAGACAAAGUGUGCGACGGCAAGAAGGACUGUCCCAACGGAGCUGACGAGUCACCCAUCUGCAAUGAGAACGACUGUAUACUACACAACGGCGGGUGCAGCCACAUCUGCAUUCAAGGACCAUAUGGGGCGGAGUGCCGCUGUUUCCCGGGUUUCCAGCUGCUCAACGACUCCAAGACCUGCGACGACAUCAAUGAAUGUCUCAUCCCGGGUUUCUGCAGCCAGAAGUGCUACAAUGAGAGAGGAAGCUUCCGCUGCUACUGCUCUGAUGGUUACCUCCUGGAACCUGAUGGACGCACCUGCAAAGUAACAGACCCUCUAGCAGCCGUACUUCUGUUGGCCAAGCGUAGCCAGGUCAUCGCCAACAGGAUCAACGCAAAACCCCCACAGAUCAGUCCAGUGGUGAGCGGUUCAAACAUCGUGUCCGUGGACUUUGACCGCGUGACUUCCAGGGUCUACUGGGCCGACGCCUCCCUGAAGAAGAUUUGGAGUGCUUACCAGAAUGGAACUGACAGAAAGGAAAUUUUUUCUAGUGGUCUGAUGGUGCCAGAGAGCAUCGCUGUGGACUGGGUGGGCCGGAACCUCUAUUGGACCGACUCUGUCAUGGAGAACAUCGAAGUGUCUACUCUGGACGGUCGCUUCCGCAAAGUGCUCCUCACCGAAAACGUCACAAGCCCCCGCGGCUUGGUUUUAGACCCCCGUAACCAUACCAACAUGAUGUUCUGGACGGAUUGGGGUCAGAACCCCAGGAUCGAGCGGGCCGAUAUGGAUGGGGUCAUGCGAAAAGUCAUUGUCAGUACAAAGAUAUACUGGCCCAACGGCUUGGCGCUGGACUACACCACACGCAGGGUGUACUUUGCAGAUGCCUACCUCAAAUACAUCGACUACUGCGAUUACGAAGGGAAAAACCGCUAUCAAGUCAUGGCGAGCGACAUGGUCCUCCAGCACCCACAUGGCAUGACCAUCUUUGAAGACAGCAUUUACUGGUCGGAGCGCUACACCAGCAAAGUGAUGAGAACGAACAAGUUCCAUGGUGGCAACGUCACCACAUUGUUAAAUAGCGUGUACCAGCCCAUGGGCAUCGUUAUGGACCAUCCUGUUAAACAACCUGCAGGCCUCAAUCCAUGCAGAGAACAUCUGUGCAGUCAGCUGUGCCUGCUGUCAGGCUUCAGGCCAAGAUACUACACCUGCCACUGUCAGUCUGGAUGGAAGCUGGAUACUGAUAAACACAAAUGUGUCAAAGAUGAAACUCCUUUCUUGAUGGUGGUGAGUGAUUCGGUGAUUUACGGCGUUCCUCUGGACCCCGCCGACUCCUCCAACAAUGCGAUGGCGCCCGUGUCAGGCAUCCGUCAGGGGCGGGACCUUGAAUUUGAUGACCGGGAGCAGUUUGUCUACUGGGUUGAGUUUUCGGGUUCUAUUUGGCGAAUUUAUACCAACGGCACCAACAGGUCUUUGUUUGCACCAGCUGCUUUUAUGGGCUCCCCAUCUGGUCUGGCGUUUGACUGGAUAAGCAGGAUAAUGUAUUAUACCAACCCCACGGCUAAAUCCAUAGAGGUCAUUCGCGUUGAUGGAAAACAGUACUAUCGAAAGACCAUCAUCACCUCCACAGGGAAACCAGAGGGAGUGGGAACACCAAUCGGAAUAGCCGUAGAUCCAGCAAGAGGGAAAUUGUUCUGGACGGAUGGAGGGUCCAUUAAUGGUGUUCCUCCGAAAGUGGCCAGCGCUGACAUGGAUGGGAGCAACAUUACAAUCCUUUACAAGGGCAACCUGGCUAACGUGGGCUACCUCGCUGCUGAUAUUUCCACCAGGAAACUCUACUGGGGAGUGUCAGGCUCAGGAGUGAUCGAGAGCGGCACCAUGGAUGGGGCGAGCCGAGUGACAGUUGUCAGUGGCCUGUCUUACCCGGUGGGGUUGACCAUCUACCAGAACUACCUCUAUUACGCCGACAAGGACUAUCAGGUCAUUGAGAGAGUGGACAAAGACACGGGUGCCAAUAUGGUGGUGAUAAGAAGCGGAAUGCCCCAACUGCGUGCUGUCAAGGUGCACGCCAGAGACAACUCUGCAGGGACCUCCAACGCCUGCAGCUCCAACAACGGUGGCUGCCCUCACCUCUGCCUGCCCAAACCCAACAACCAAAGGGUGUGCACCUGCACUACGGGCUUCUACCCGUCUCACGAUGGCUCCGAAUGCGAAGAGUUUGACUCAUUCGCCGUGGUCUCCACGCCCAGCUACAUCCGCGGCUUUCACAUAAAUAGCUCCGAUCACUCCGAAGCCAUGGUGCCCAUCGGUGGAUCUCCUUCUUACAUGAGGCAGAAUUUAGGCCUGCACGUGGAGUCUGGAUUUAUUUACUGGACUGAGAACGGCACCUCGUCCUCCUACAAAAGCAUCUCCAGGAGAAAAACAGAUGGAUCAUACUACCAAAGAAUUGUCUACUCAGGAGUUGGAAGAGGAGGAAUCCUUGGACUAGCAGUGGACUGGGUUUCCAACAACCUGUACUUCACCAACGCCUUCAAGAGCGAGACCUACCUUGAAGUGUUGGCCAUCAACACCACAUACCGAAUGAUCCUACUCAAGUCCGCUCAUGACAGGCCCACUGACCUGGCUGUCAACCCCAAACAGCGCUACAUUUUCUGGACCGAUGCUGGCCAAACUCCCAAGAUAGAGCGAGCCUUUCUGGACGGCACCAACCGCACGGUGCUGGCAUCCGAGAGCCUGGCGUCACCUCGCGGCCUCACCGUUGAUCACACCAAUGACUUCCUCUAUUGGACAGAUGACGUUCUGGACAUGAUCUCGUGUAUGGCUGCAGACGGCUCACAGAGGCAGAUAGUCCGCUACGGGAGUCGUUAUCCCUCGCCCAUGGGGGUUGCUAUACUUGGAAACUACAUGCUGUGGGUGGAUAAAAGGCUAGCGAAGCUCUUCCAGGCCAAUAAAGAUCCAGCCAACACUAACCAGACAGAGGUAAUCCGAGACACCCUCGAAGGCGUGUGGGACGUGGCCAUCUUUGAUCCUCAUGUGCAGCCUACAGCGGCUCACCAGGUGGGCUUCAACCCAUGUCAGGAAGACAACGGCCGAUGCCAGCAAAUCUGCUUUGCUAUACCGGAGCAGGACCACCCUAAAUGCGCCUGCGCUCAUGGGUCGCUCCUCAAUAACGGAGUAACAUGCGGCUAUGGACAAGAUGAUUUCCUAGUUUUCACCACCGGCUACACUCUGAACAGUUUGAGGCUGGACCCUCAGGAUCACAGCACUCCUUUCCCGCCUUUGAACCUGGGUUACAACUUGAUGGCGCUGGAUUUCGAUUACAAGGACAGGCGUAUUUUCUUCACCCAGUACAUGGGGAUAGGCAGGAGCAAGAUCGGCUACAUCACCACCACAUCCAUCAGUAGCUCACCGACCAUCAUAGCUUCAAAUCUGGAUGACCCCGAGGGCUUGGCGUAUGACUGGGUCAACAAACGCCUCUACUUCACCGACUACUACCGCAAGAACAUCCAGUCUAUAGGAAUGGACGGGUUGAACCGCACCGUCAUUGCCCAUGCAAACCGUCCCAGAGGCAUCAUAGUCGACCCCUGCUAUGGUUACCUCUACUGGACUGACUGGGGCAGGCCUGCCAAGAUUGAAAGAGCCACACUGGGUGGAAACUUCCGGAUUCCCAUCAUUAACACCAGCUUGUCCACACCUAAUGGCCUCGCUAUCGACUUUGAGGAGAGGAUGUUGUACUGGGCUGAUGCUUCACAAGACAAAAUUGAGCGCUCCACCCUGACGGGAGCAAACCGGCAGGUGAUUGUGCAAGGUGUCCAGUACCCCUUUGCCAUGACGGUUUUUAAGCAGGACAUCUUCUGGACCGACUGGACGGAAAGAGCCGUCUUCAGAGCGGGGAAAGAUGACGGCUCUGGCAUCACCGUGUUGACCCAGGAGCUUCAGUAUCAACCUAAUGAUAUUCACGUCUAUGCUGGGUCCAAGCAGGAGAGCUGCUCCAGCCCCUGCAUGCAGUUCAACGGAGGCUGUAGCCACGUCUGUGUACCUGGUCCGACCGGACCCGAAUGCCAGUGUCCCCACGUCGGCAAAUGGUACUUGGCAAAUAACGGCAAAGACUGUGUCAAAGACGACGGCAAGCGCUGCCAGCCCAAUCAGUUCACGUGUCUCAGCGGAAAAUGCAUCCCAGCUGGCUGGACAUGUGACGGCUUCGACGACUGCAAGGACAACACAGACGAGCUGGAGAGAGUGUGCGGUGAGGGGACUUUGCAUCAACCUCUAACAGCACAACUUUUUGAGGGUGAACUUGGAAUCUCCUCCGCAGCCUUCCACACCUGCUCUGGUGUGCAAUUCACCUGUGACAACGGCCGCUGUGUGCCGCUCAACUAUGCCUGCGACUACGUGGACGACUGCGGCGACAACAGCGAUGAGCACGGAUGCCCCUUCCCCACCUGUAACCCCGACACCGAGUUCACUUGCGGCAACGGACGCUGCAUCAGCGCGUCUUUUCUCUGCGACGGCUACAACGACUGCCGCGACAACGCCACCUCGGAUGAAAUUAACUGCCCUGACAGGGUCUGUCCCUCGGGCCAGGUCAAAUGUGACAACACCAACAUCUGCAUCUACCCUAACAAGCUGUGCGACGGCUACAACAACUGUGGCGACAACAGCGACGAGAACCCUCUCUUCUGCGUGGGUCGUACGUGCCCUCCGAGCGAGUUCCAGUGUGACGUUGGCAAGUGCAUCCCCACCUCUUGGGUGUGUGACUUCUACAAGGACUGCAGCGAUGGGACUGAUGAACCUUCCACAUGCGAGCAUAUAGUGAAAACUUGCAGCGCCAGCCAGUUCACGUGUACCAACGGGAACUGCAUCCCUCAGUCCAUGCUCUGUGACGGCAACAACGACUGCUGGGACAGCAGUGACGAGGCUCCUGAGCUGCAGUGUGGUCAGCGUACAUGCAGCUCUAACCAAUUUACCUGCCCUACCUGGUCCCCGGGUCACCCACGCUGCGUGCCCUUAAACUUUGUGUGUGACGGCGACAAAGACUGCGUCGAUGCGGCCGAUGAGCUUCAAAACUGCCCCAAUCGGACCUGCCACAUGAACGAGUUCGCCUGCAAAAAUGGCCUAUGCAUUUACCUCCCCUUCCAUUGCGACCGCGUGAAUGACUGCGGAGACGGCAGCGACGAGCUGGGCUGUACUUACGACACAUGCAGCAGCUACCAGUUCACCUGCGGCAACGGGGCCUGCAUCUACUCGGCUUACACCUGCGACGGCACUAACGACUGCCUGGACGGUUCCGACGAAGCGGACAGCUUGUGCGUCACGGCGCAACCCACGUGCCCGCCUAAUCAGUACUUGUGCAAGUCGGGCGAGUGCAUCGACGCAAAGAACGUGUGCAACAGUGUGAAGGACUGCCAGGACAACAGUGACGAAAAAGGCUGCGGCAUCAAUGAAUGCCGCAACCCAUCAGUCCACCAGUGUGCCCAGCUGUGCACGGACACGCUCACAGGCUACUUCUGCUCCUGUAACCCUGGCUACCAGCUCAUGCCCGACGGCAAAGCCUGCGAGGACAUCAACGAGUGCCUCAGCACGCCGGCCGUCUGCAGCCAGCUCUGCGACAACACCGCAGGCUCCUAUCACUGCAGAUGUGCCCCAGGAUACCUGCGGGAACCCGACGGGCGCACCUGUCGGCAGAACAGCGGCGUCGACCCUUACCUGUUGUACACCAAUCGCUACUACAUCCGCAACCUGACCACCGACGGAUCCCAGUUGAGAAUAGUCCUGCAGGGCCUCUCCAACGUGGUGGCUCUGGAUUAUGAUUAUUCCGAAAAGAGGCUUUAUUGGCUCGAUGCCGGAGUGGGAAAGAUUGAGAGGAUGCGUUUUGACGGGAGCAACAGGGAGGUGCUGGUGGAUAACGGCAUUCUCGGAGCAGAGGGUCUGGCGAUUGAUUGGGUUGGAAGGAAGUUGUACUGGGUGGACAGUUACUAUGGCUCUGUGCAUGUGAUGGAGCUGGAUGGGCGCUACAUGAAGAAGCUGCUGACCGGCCACUUCACAAAUGGAAACAACACUUACACCAUCACCCGGCCUCGCGCUGUGGCUGUGAACCCCAAAUAUGGAUGGCUGUACUGGACCGACUGGGCUGACACUCCAUAUAUCGGCAGGGCAGGCAUGGACGGAAGCAAUGUUAUCGCCAUUAUAACAGCCAAGCUGGAGUGGCCCAGCGCUCUGACUAUAGACUACACCACCAAUAAGAUCUUCUUUGCCGAUUCCCACCUCAACUUCCUAGACUUUGCAGACAUGGAUGGCAAAAACCGACACAGAGCCAUUGCUGGCUCACUGCCGCAUGUCUUUGCAGUGUCCCUCUUUGAGGACUGGGUCUACUGGACAGAUUGGAACACACACGAUGUGGAAAAGGCUCACAAAUACACCGGCGAAGGGCGCAUGAUCAUGGGCAACAACACACACCGACCUUAUGACCUUCAUGUGGUCCACCCCUACAGGCAACCACCAAGUGAGAACCCGUGCUCAUCCCACACCAUGAUCUGCAGCCAUCUGUGUCUGAUUGCGGCGGGUGGGCAAAGUGCCACGUGCGAAUGCCCGGAUCACUUUAUCGGCAUUUCUAUUGGUUUCAAGAUCCAAUGUGUUGCCGACUGCUCCAGCACUCAGUUCCGCUGCGGGGACAACGAGAGGUGUAUUCCUAUAUGGUGGAAGUGUGACGGCCAAUCAGAUUGCGGAGAUGGCUCGGAUGAACCUCAGACCUGCCCGCCCCGUUAUUGUCCCGUUGGCCGCUUCCAAUGUAAAGACGGAAACUGCACCUAUCCUGGCUUCAUCUGUGACGCCCAUCCAGACUGUCCCGAUGGUUCCGAUGAGGACGCCGCCCUCUGCAGUGACCAUCGGUGCGACGACAAUCAGUUCCAGUGCAAGAACAAGUUGUGCAUCCCCAUGUCGUGGCACUGCGACGGCUUCACUGACUGCUCCGACGGCAGCGACGAGGAGGCGGACACUUGCGCCCAGAGGACCUGCCGACCUGGUCACUUCCAGUGCGCCAAUGGCAACUGUCUGCCGCCCAACUACGUGUGCGACGCGCAGGACGACUGCGGUGACGGCUCCGACGAGCCUUACGAGACCUGCAUGGGCCCCGACUACAAGUGCGACGAAACCGAGUUCUCCUGCAAAACGAACUACCGCUGCAUUCCUCAGUGGGCCCGCUGCGACGGCACCAACGACUGUAUCGACAACAGCGACGAGCAAGGCUGCGAGGAGGUGACCUGCGACCCUCUGGGCGAUUUCCGCUGCGACAACCACCGCUGCGUCCCCAUACGCUGGAAGUGUGACGGCCGCAACGACUGCGGUGACGGCUCAGACGAGCGAGACUGUCAGCCAAGGCCUUGCUCGGAGAGCGAGUUUAAAUGCGACAACGCUCAGUGCGUCCCCGGGAAGUGGGUGUGCGACCAUGACAACGACUGCGGGGACAACUCAGAUGAGAGAGACUGCGAGUUGCAGACGUGCCAUCCGGGCUCGUUCCAGUGCGACUCGGGUCAUUGCAUCCCGUCUGUGCUGCAGUGCGACGGCCGCCCUGACUGCGAGGAUCUAACAGACGAGACCAGCUGUCCCACUCGUUACCCAGGAGGCCGUUGGUGCCCACUGGGGCAGUUUGAGUGCGCCAACCAUCUGUGUCUGUCCCCGAGCUGGGUAUGUGACGGCACUGACGACUGCGGCGACCGCUCCGAUGAACAGCUAGCUUUAUGCCUGAACAUUACCUGUGAGAUGCCGUCUAGAUUCCGCUGUGCCAACGGCUACUGCAUCUUCUCUGGCCUGCUGUGCAACCAAAAUGAUGACUGUGGCGACGGGAGUGACGAGAAGGAGGAGCUAUGUCGCCCACCUACCCUGCCUCCCUGCACACUGGACCAGUUUAAAUGCACCAAUGGACACUGUGUGCCUCUGCCUUAUGUGUGCGACCACAACGACAACUGCGGGGAUCGCACUGACGAGUUGGGCUGCAAUUUCGGCCAAGAUCGCAAUUGCGAGGAAAAGGUUUGCCAACAGAAUUGUAUCAACUUGAACGGCACCGGAUUCAUCUGCUCCUGCCGGCCCGGAUACAUGGUGGACCUGGACAACACUUACACUUGUCUCGAUGUCAAUGAGUGCGAGGUGUUUGGCACCUGCCCUCAGCUCUGUAAGAACACUAAGGGCAGCUACGACUGCGAGUGCGCUCCCGGCUACCGCAAAGUCGGCAACGGCGACUUGUGCGAGGCAGAAGGCCCCGCUCCCUUGCUGCUUCUACCCGAGAAAAUUCGUAUCCGGAGGUUCAACCUUCAGACGCAGGCCUACCACGACUUCAUACAGGAAUCUGAGCGCAUCGAGGCGCUGGACUACGACUGGGAUCACAACAACACCGGAUUCAGUAUGGUCUACUUCACUGUGGCCAGCGAGGGCUCUGUCUGGGGCGCCAUUAAGAGAGCUUAUAUACCUUCCCUGGAUGACGGCAACAACAACAUCGGCGCAGCUGUUGACCUCGGGAUUAAGUACAUCACCAGACCGAACGGCAUUGCUGUGGACUGGGUGGGCAGGAACCUGUAUUGGGCUGACUCCAUAGUGAGGAGGCUAGAGGUGGCCAUGUUGGAUGGACGCUACAGGAAGCACUUGGUCAAGACUGAACUGGGCCAGCCGGCUGCUGUGGCGGUGAACCCUCGACUGGGGAUGUUGUACUGGACCGACCGAGGGGAAGUACCCAAGAUUGAAUGUUCCUGGCUGGAUGGUCAAGAAAGGAAGGUCUUAGUGGGGGGAAACCUGGGUUGGCCCACCGGUCUCUCCAUUGACUUCACCAAUAACGACAGAAUCUACUGGUCAGACUACAAGGAGAGCCGCAUCGAGUCGGUUCUGCCCUCCGGAGAGGACCGCAGAACUGCAGUCUACAUAGACGCGAGGAACCCCUUCAGCGUGAGCGUGUUCGAGGACCAUGUUUACUGGAGCACAAGUAAGACCGGCGAGGUGUUCCGGCAGGACAAGUUUGGCACUGGGACCAAGACCAAACUGCUGACUGUUGGACCGUGGUUGACCCAGGUGUCUGUGUACCAGCAGCAGAGAUACAACUCCAUCAACAUGAAGAAUCCAUGCAAAGGAACGUGUAGCCACUUAUGUCUACUGCGUCCAGGGGGCUACUCCUGCGCCUGCCCCGAGGGCACCGAAUUUGUCCCUGGAAGUAACACGCAAUGCGACGCAGGAUUGGAACCACCACCCACCAUGCCACCACCCUGUCAGUGUCAAAAUGGCGGCACUUGCUACUUUGAUGACAACCAGGCACUCUGCAAGUGUCCUCCAGAAUGGCAAGGAGAUUACUGCCAAACGAACAUAUACGACGUGGUGGCAUCAUCAAUCGGCAUCGCCAUUGGAGUGACGGUGGUCAUCUUGUUUCUGCUGGUCACUCUUGUUUAUGCUGCGAGGAAGAAGUCCAACCUGAUGGAGGUAGUAAGGGACACCUUUCCCUCCAUGCCCUCCAUGCCCUCCAUGCCCUCCAUGCCCUCCAUGCCUUCCAUGCCCAGCCUCUUCAGAAAACGUCCGUCCCCAGAUUUGUCAAGAAUAGAAGACCCGGACACAAGGCUGAAUGGAGAUGCGGUUCCAUGCUUAUCCUUGGUGGAGACGGAGCAGAAGAGUUUUGAUAAUCCAUUCUACAAGGCUGAAAAACAAGCUGGAAGUAGGAGCGUGCCGACCGCUGCUGCACCCAACGGAAACACCAAGAAGAGUGUCACCAAUCCACUGUAUAUGGAGGAGGAGCCCACAACAAUGAGCAAUCCUGCCAACAAGGAGGCCUUUGAGAACCCGGCGUACAGCUCAGACACUGAAGAUGCUGACGUCCCUUCACAACCCUCUAGUGCGCAGGGAUUUGAACCCAUCGGGGAUGAUGGUUUUGUGUCUUUCAAAAACCCUGCGUACACGACGCCCUCUGAUUCCGACAUCUAACAUGACGUCACCAUGCUUGUUUCCACCUCUUUAUUUAUGAAUGAUAGCAAAUGUGUUAAAUAAGUCACGUAUGAUUGCACUGUAAUUCAUUGUAAGAAACCUAUUUUAUUGUGAAUUAGCUUUGUGUAAACCUUGAUUCAACAUUAUUCAAUGCUUGUAAUUGUUUUUUUAAAAGCUGUAAACGUUUCUGAAUGGUUCAUCUGUGAUUGAACAAAACAUGGGGUUUGUGUGUCAAUAACAGUUCUUUGCUCUGGACCCUGGGCCAGG